AUGGUGAUCAGAUACGGGUCAAAGAAAUCAGGAGGAACAAAGCAUAUUCCUCACGGGUAUGAUUGGUGGUUGGCCCUUAAAGGCAAUUCAAAAUAUUACAACUAUACUCUAUCCAUUAAUGGAACAGCCAGGUUUUUUGAGAAUCAAUAUCUAACUGAUGUUAUGUCUGACUACGCCAUAGAUUUUUUGAAUCAGGGUUUCAUUAAGACAUCUCCGUUUUUUAUGACUCUGGCCACCCCUGCCUGUCACGCCCCUUUCACGCCAGCUGAUAGACAUAAAGUUUGUUACUUGAAUGAAACUGUGGUUAGGACUCCAUCUUUUAAUGCUACACCUUAUAAUAAACAUUGGUUACUUCAAAUGAAACCAACAUCUCUGCCAGAGAAUGUUGAAAUUUUGGAUGAGAUACAAAAAAAUCGGUUGCAAACUUUAUUAGCUGUCGAUGAUAUGGUGGACAGGGUUGUGGAGAAAUUAAAAGAUUUAAACGUUUUGGAUAAUACUUAUAUUAUUUUUACAUCUGAUAAUGGAUAUCAUAUUGGUCAAUUUUCCCAGCCAUGGGAUAAACGCCAACCCUACCAAACGGACAUAAAAGUACCAUUCUUAAUAUCCGGUCCAAAAAUUAAAAAAAAAUCUUUAUCUAGCUUCCCGAUUUCUUCAGUGGACAUACUACCAACCAUAUUGGAUUUGGCCAACGUAAAAACACCAGAGAAACUGAAAAUCGAUGGAAAAUCAUUUAAAGAAGUUUUGUUUGAAAAAAUUGAAAAAAUGUUUCAAAGAAGGGUUUAUAUUGAGUACCAUGGGAUGGGAAGUGGUAGCACUGUGGAAAAUCAGUGCGCCGUAAAAGAGAAAUGGGCAGAUCCUGAACAUUUAUUGGAUGGACGGUCACAGUAUUACGUGGCAAGUGUUUUAAACGUCCCAAGAAGUAAAGUGCAAAGGGCAACAUCAGUCGGAGACAUUUUUAAAAGAAAGAAGACACCUCAAAAUUAA